AUGGCCAAUGGUGUUCAGGGCGUGCACGACAUAGAAACGAGAUGUUUCAUCGAUAAUAAAUUCGUGGAAGCUAAGGAGACCUUUGCGAUUCACAACCCUUCAAAUGGGGAAUUGACUGCACGUAUCUCCCAGGCUGAUGUUGACCUAGUUGAUUCGGCUGUAGACGCAGCCGAAGCGGCAGGGCCAGCCUGGGCAGCACUUGAUUCAAGCACGCGGGCAGAGUGUCUCAAUCGACUCGCUGACCUUCUAAUCGCGCAUACACAACAAUUUUGCUGGCUUGAGGCCAUCAGCGUGGGAAAGGUUGUCACGUUCUAUCCGGCAGAGAUUCAAUGGGCGGCAAACGUCCUGAGAUACAACGCAGGACUCGCACGAGAGAUCCACGGAGAGACCAGCAUGGCAACAGCAGGGUUCCUUAAUAUGACUAUCCGCCAGCCGUAUGGCGCCUGUGGAGCCAUUUGUCCUUGGAACGGUCCAUUGAUCGCCAUAGCGUUGAAAGCUGGACCCGCGUUGGUCACAGGCAACACUCUGAUCUUGAAACCAUCGGAGAAGUCACCAUUGACGGCCCUUUACAUGGGGAAGCUCAUCAUUGACGCCGGAUUUCCACCGGGUGUUUUUAACAUCGUUCCGGGUCAUGGACGCGUGACUGGAGCGGCUAUAGCCAGUCACAUGCGGAUUAGGAAGCUAGCAUUCACAGGCAGCACAGCUACAGGCCGCAUCGUCAAGAAGCUCGCCGCCGAGUCCAACCUCAAAAAUGUCACAUUGGAACUUGGGGGUAAGUCCCCUCUGAUUGUUUUUCCAGACGCGGAUCUCGAAGAGACUGCGGCGAUGGCGGCCUUUUCCAUCGCCUACAAUUCGGGCCAAAUAUGUAUCGCCAGCUCGCGCGUGUACGUGCACGAAUCGAUUAUAGACAAAUUCGUCGGGUUGUAUGUGGCUCAACUCAAGAAAGCCAUGGGGAAAGCAGGAGAUGCACUUAAUCCUACCACCACGCACGCUCCACAAGCAGACGCACUACAGUACGAACGGAUCAUGGCUUAUAUUGACGGAGCCAAUAAGGAGGGUGCAAAACUUGUCACUGGAGGCAAGCGGAUUGGUGUACAAGGUUACUUUGUGGAGCCAACCGUCUUCCUCAACCCGGGACAGUCUUCAACCAUCAAUCGCGAAGAAGUGUUCGGUCCAGUUGCAAGCGUUAAUACCUUUGUAUCUGAAGAAGAAGUUCUGAAACUGGCCAAUGAUACCGAAUACGGCCUUUACGCAUCCGUGUUUACCAAAGAUUUGAACAGAGCUUUGAAAUUCGCCAAACAACUCGAGUCCGGGAUGGUGGGAGUGAAUUGCACGUCGCCAACGAUGCCUUUUGAUCUACCGUUCGGAGGCAGCAAGCAAAGUGGAGAAGGGAGAGAGUGCGCUUUACAAGCUUUGCAUGCGUGGACGGAGACAAAAACAGUCAUGAUCAAGCUCUGA